GCUGUUAACAGUUGGAGCGCGAGAGAGGGUGGAGCUGCAGUCAGCCCGAGCACUACUUGGAGCGCGAGCCUGGCAGAAGUGAUCACAAACAGCUCUCUAGAUAGAUUUCUGAAUUUGAGGGCUUUAAAAUGGAGCGUGGUGAGGUUGGUGAUGUGAGGAAGAAACGGAGUAAAUGGGCCAUCCCCCUGGUACUGCUCGUGGUUCUGGUUCUGCUCAUUAUCAUCGCCGUGGUGCUGGGAGUGACUCUGACUGGCAGACAGUCAGCUGGACUUAAAACGGAUUUUCUGAACAGGUGCCAAAACUUCAAAGGGUACGACUGUGAAAACAUAUGGAAGACGUUCAAACAAGUCUUCGUGAACCGGGAUCCUUGUAAUGUUUCUGAGGAAGCCUACGAUCCUCUUAUCGCUGCUGUCCCCUUCAAAAGAUUAUGCAACCAGACGAUGUUGUGGAGCAAAACCAAUAAAGCCGUCCAUGAAUUAACCACAGGGAGAGAUUGUCUCCAGACGAUAGAGGACACCGUCCUGGGGUCGAGCCUGAAUAAUCUGAGCUGGUGUGGGAUGAAGGGAAGCGAAGAAACGUUCACCACCGGGUGUCCUGAAUGGAACGAGUGUGUGAACAACUCCGUUCGCUCGUUUUGGAGGAGAGCCUCGGCCGCGUUUGCAGAGGCGGCCUGUGGUGACGUUAGCGUGAUGCUAAAUGGUUCCAUCUCCACGCCGUUUAAUCCCACAAGUGUUUUUGCCAGCAUUGAGGUCCCGAGACUUAACUCCACCAAGGUGAAAAGCCUGAACGUUGUUCUGGUCACUAACUCUGUAUCAAAUUGCAGCAAUGCCUCAUUACAGAGCUUAAAGACAAAGCUGGAUCAGAGAAUUGUUUAUACCUGCAAGGAAGUGACAGAAUCUCAGAUCACCGAUUGCAGCGCCAAACCAGACUGCGGGAGAUGCUGGUGAUCACACCAAACCAGGCAGAAAUAAUCGACCCAGAACAGAGAUUUAUCUUCUGUUUUUUUUUUUUUUUUGUUAAAUGUCGUCUGAACUAAACAUACCUUUAUUGGUGUGGGCCAGUUUAACAAACAGUCGUGUUUUUAAGAGUCGUUUUGUUUCGCUCAUGUGAUUGUUUCAAAUACUACAACAGGGAUUAAUGCUGAAAAUCUCUGAUGGAAUGUGUUUUAUUUUUGAACAAAAUAAAUGGAUCUGAGGCUUUUUAAAGUGACUUAGUUAUUUCUGAAAUAUUUUUCAAAUAAUCAGUUACCAAACCUUGGAGGUGUUUUUAAUUGAUUUUUAUGUUUCUAUUUAUAAAUUUCAGUGCUGUGAAACA